CGGGGCGGGGUUCCGGCGGGGAGGAGGGGGCAACGCGCGCUCAGGCCCCGCCUCUUCCCGCCGCGUCUCUUGGCCACGCUUGCUCUCGCCGGCGUCCCUGCUGGUCCCUCCCCCUUGCAGGCGAGCGGCUCGGUGGGGUGUGGAGAUGGAUUUGGGCUCUGCUCAGCGCUCGGUGUUGGAGCUUCUCGGAGCUGUGUCUCCUGGCGACCUUCCUGCGCUUCUAGACUGGAUGCGAACCACGCGAGAUUUUGAUGAAUUCAUUCACGAUAAUAAUGACAUUAUAUUGAAAAACAUUGCAGAAGAUCUUCGGAACUGCUUACCUAUAGAAACCAUGCUUCCUUCAGAGCAAGUAGCCAUUCAAAAAAUAAAGCAGCAACCAGAGCCUAUAAUUCACAUUGAUGCAUUCCUUUAUGAUGAUGACUUUAUUGAUUCCUUGUGUGAGAAAGGAAAAAUGAGUAGAAACUACUGCAUGGUGUGUGGGUCACACCAGACUGCACCUUUAGGAUUUAUUUCUCAUUCCUUUUCCUCUUUGGAAUUAAAGUUCAUUUAUCAGCAUGUACUCCCGGAUCUGUCUGGAAAGGUCUUGGUUGAUGUUGGUUCCAGGCUUGGCCCAGUGCUUUUUGUGGGUUAUCUUUAUAGUUCAGCAUUACAGCUACAUGGAGUGGAAAUGACAAGAUUUUGCCAGCUGCAAGAAAUGAUCAUUGCCAAAUACAAGUUUAGUGAUAGGAUAAAGGUGCAUCAUGCAAAUAUAUGUACUCAGGCCUCACUUCUUCAAAAUGCUGAUGUUGUUAUAAUGAACAAUGUCUUUGAAUAUUUUCUUGACAAAUCAGAACAAGUCAGAGCCUGGGAAUAUAUCAGCCAUAAUGUGAGGAAAAAGGGAACCUUAUUGGUAACAGUCCCGAGUCUUAAAGAAUCUCUCUCAAAUCUACAGGUGGCUAUACCUCUGAACCAGUGGGUUGAAGAAAUACAGUUGAACUAUGAUCUAUAUCCAGAAAAAGACAUUGAUAGAGAAGCACUUGAACAAAUUCAUUUGUAUAAGAUUCUUUAGAAUUAAGAUUGAAUUAUUUUAUUUUUUAAUAUGUGUGAUACUUAAAAUGUUUAUUUAUAGUUUGACUUCCUUUAACCUGAUAAAAAUAUAUGCAGUUCUUUAGCAGCUAAUUCUAUAGACAAAGUUAAAAUUUGAGAAAAUGACCAUUCUACACUCAAAUUCCACAAUUUUGUAACACUUAGAAAUGACAUAACAGGGUAUCCUAAAAAUCUUAGUGCAGGUUAAGUUUAUUUAAACUCCACUAUCCCUUAUUGAAGUUUUUAACUGCAUAAAUGAAUGCAUUAUUUUGAGAGAUCCUAUAUAGUUCCUAUUAAAUUUUAAUUUAAAAAACCUUUAACAGUGUACCUCAUUUACAGCUAAGUCCCAAACAAUGCUAUCAAUAACGAACCCAGCAAAACUGUCACUUUCAGAUUUUUCACAUUCACACUAUAUAUUUGUUUUGGAUUGGAGAACCAAUGACCAUAUUUUAUAUAAUUAUAAUUUGGAUGGGGAUCAAUUAUUCUCACUAUUCAGCACCUAGUUUGGAUGUUUCUUAACCUGGUAUUACUAUAACAUCAUUGUGUGAUCCAUGACACAUGAAAUCAAGAAAGAGUUCUAUGGUCAUCAAGCUCAAAAAAACAAAAACAAGUUUAACUAAUUUAUAAAACAUUUAGGGAUAUGGUGGAGCCUGGACUCCUAAUAAGGAAACUCUACCUACCAAAGGUAGGUAGGUUCCCUCUGAGAUCCUUUAAAAAUGCAGCAAAGGUAUUCAGCAGUUUAUAAUCAGUAAUCCGUGCCUGGGCCCCAGAGCCCCAGAGCUAGUUUAUGUCAGCAUCACGACUUUAGGAACCCCUUCUACUUGAUUGCACAUUCAUAAAGUAUUUCAUUUAAAUUACUUGAAAAGAAGUUUAGAGAAUGAACCAUAUUUUGGAACUUACUGGGCUUCUGAAGAUUGACUCUCAAAUUAGAGAAUAAUCAAGCUUCUGAAAAUAAUAGCUCAGAGAAAAAAAAAAGUUGAAAUUAGACCUAGCAUUUAGAAUAUUGAAUUCCAUGCUAAUUGGCAGUACUUCCUCUUGCUAGGCCCUAAACUACUAUUCCAGCAUUAGUGACUAAAAGUACAAGACAAAAGAACCAUAGUAGGUUUUUACUUCCACCCCACUCCUUUUACAGAUAAGGAAACUGAGGCCUGGAAAGGUUAAGUAAUUUUGUCUAAAGUCAUGCAGUAAAUAGCAGAGUCAGAAUCUGAACCCAAGUCCUCUGAUAUAUCUAACACUCUCCACUAUACUACAUUGGCAUCAUUAAUAUCCAAAAAUAGGCGUUUUGACAGAGCAGAAGGAAGGACUAUCAGCUGUCAGCCUCACCAGGAAGCAAUGAAAAAAAGAAAUCAAGGCUAAGGCAGCUGUGCAGAUUUCUUCAAGUGGUGGAAAGAAACAUUUUGAUUUAAGAGGAAGGAAGAUUAUGUGUCCUGGUCUCUGCUAUUGAUGUAGCUUCUAAUUUCUAGGGAAAUCUUUUACUUAACAACACUAGUGCUUACUUGGCCACCACCACUAAAGCAUUCAGCCUCCAGAGUUCCUAUGGUAGUGUGAUGAACUCCAGAUCUCCAGUCUAGGUAGAACAGCAACUAUGGGCAGUGCAAAGACAGAGGCCAACCUACAGUUUGGUCACACUAGAGUUAUUUUACUAGCUUAUCUGACAAGUCAUUAUUCUACAGCUACUUAUAGUGUACUGUAGCUAGGAGCUAUAGAAGCAGUGUUUGUGACAUUUUUAGAAAUCUCAGAUAUAGGUGGUGUCUAAAUGUAGCUGUUGUGAGUAAAGUUACUGACGUAAGAUAGACAUUCAGAAUCUCCAUACUGUGAUGAUAAAAUCACAGAUCUUAGAAAAGUUUUUAACAAUAGGAGAAUAAUGGGGUCAGUCUUAAAAUAUAAAAUAUGAGUGAUAGUCAUAUAGUCAUCAAAAUUUCAUAUAAAUGCUUAAAAUAUUUGAAGGAGAUAGGCUCUGCCACUAGCAGUAUGCACAUGGUAUUACUAACCAUGUUUACAUGUACUUACAUUAGGUCUCAGAUUGGUAUCAUUUAAAAGUUCACUUUCUUGAUUUUAAAAGAAGGCAUUGUUCAGGAAAACUAAUUCUGAUCUACAACUCCAUUAACACCAAUGAGUUCCAUUCCCAUGUUUAUGCCUGCCUAAAUUUCCCGCUAUGAAUUCAUCAUCUUCCCUCCAAAAUUCAUUUCUUCUAAUUUCCCUACCAUUAUUCUCAUUCAAAAUCAAUUAACAUGUGGUUCUGUACACUCCUUCAUUCCCUAGUUUGGUUUUUUUUUUAAAUAAGUUGUUGGGGCAGCUAGGUGGCGCAGUGGAUAGAGCACCAGCCCUGGAGUCAGGAGUACCUGAGUUCAAAUAUGGCCUCAGACACUUAACACUUCUUUAAUAUUAAGGUCUCCAAGGGUUUUUUUUGCCCAUAUGUUCUAUACUCUCCUUUUACACUGCCACUAAUAACAUGAAAAAAAUGCUCAAAGGGGCAGCUAGGUGACACAGUGGAUAGAGCACCAGCCCUGGAGUCAGUAGUACCUGAGUUCAAAUCCGGCCUCAGACACUUAACACUUGCUAGCUGUGUGACUCUGGGCAAGUCACUUAACCCCAAUUGCCUCACUUAAAAAAAAAAAAAAAGAAAGAAAAGAAAAAAAUGCUCAAGCUCUAAAUAUCAGUGAAGUACUUGAAAUAACUCAAAUACCAUUUUUUCUCAAAUACUCAAAUGAUCUUGUGAUCUCAUCUAUUUAAGAAUUCCUCUAAUGAUAGGGGAAUUUAUAAACAUUUUUUUAAGCACUUGCUCUGUUCCAGACACUGAAAGACAGACAAAAGUGAGAAAUAGUCUCUCCCGACAAGGAAUUUAUAUUCUAUAGGGGGAGUUAAUGUCUAUAUAAGGGGGGGGGGAGGGGGAUGGUAAGAGGGGAGCUGGCCAAUUAGGGCCCAGACCUUAAAACCUAAGUGGAAUUUCAUUUCCUGAACUGGGGCUUUCUGCAAGGAUGAGGCUUUGCCCCCCUGCUGUGCUUUUGGACAGGCCACCUAGUUUGAUCCUGGGUUCUUAUGCUGACCUCCAUCUCUCAAAACUAGACUCCCCCUGAAUCUUUGGGUUUCGGAGGGACCCUUUAUAAUAUCUCAUAGACUGAUCUCAGAACCCCUUGGCCUGGGCUAUCCCUGACUGCUUUCACACCACUGUGGUGUUUGUAGUUCCCCAGCAUUUUUCUCACCUUUCUAAGGAUUUCUGACCCUUCUGGAGCUUUCUAAUGGGAGCCCUCUGCUCUUUUGCUUUUAGACAGAGCCUUACAGGUUACACAUGACUCUGGCUUUAAUGACUUGUUUGCCUGUGCUAUCACUAGAUUUGUUGGUGCCCAUUUUGCUGGAAGUUUCUUUUCCUGUUGCUUGUGGGCUUCUGGGUAGUCCUUUAUGCAUUUCUGGGAGGAGGGGUGGGUCAAGAAGUCACUUUCUCUAAUUUCUUAUUGGCUUUCUUGAUUAUGAUUCAGUCUGUUGUGAAUUUCAGGCUUUUGGUGGAGCAGUUGUUUGGGAAUCUGACUGUCAGGAAACCAUCUCAGCCAGAAACCUCUUCCUCCUUUUUCAAGUAGUUCAGUACCUGGAUCAUAUUUGUUUAAAGCCUUGCUCUUAUGUUAGAAGGAUAAGGACUUCCUAGUUCAUCAACCUUCUCGAUUCUACUUCAACUAUACACAGGGAUGGUCUCAUUGCCCAAAAGUGCUCUAUCUUAACAAUCCGUAAGUCUGAAAUUCAUAACCUCCUUCCAGCUCUCCCUGUGCCUCACUCUUCCUAAACCUGUUCUCUGUUCUCACAACAAACACCAGUAACUCCAUACAUUACCUAUUUUGCCCAGGUUAUCACCACCUCUCUUUACUAGCUUCACUUUCUUCUGACUUUUAAUUCUUUAAUCAGUUCAAUUUUGCAUUGUACUCAACUCUUAAACCACUUGCCCUGUUGUAUUGUAGCUAAUCUCUUCUGGAACUACGGGACUCUAUUACUUCCAAUUCUUGGUCCCAGGACAGAGCCCUGAAAAUGAUCAUCCUCAACAUAAAAAACUCCUGUCUUAUCUGUCCAAAACAAUCAAUUAUCUUUUCCCUUAAACUAAUCCCUCUUCCUAAUUUCUUUAUUUCAGUUGAAGGCACCACUAUUCUUUCUGUCAUGUAGGUUUGUAACCAAGUCAUAAAUUCCUCACCCUUCAAUACUCUCUUCGCUGUGUCCAAAAAGUUACCAAAUCUUGUCAACUCUGUUUUCUCAAUCACACAAUAGGGACAGCCUACAAGCUCAUGAAUAGUGGAACCCCACCCAACUAGACCAUUAGCACUGCUUCCAAUUGAGAGUCAGCUAGAUAAUGUAGUGCUAGAUCUGGAAUCAGAAAGACCCAAGUUCAAAUAUGGCCUCAGACACUAUCUUUGUAACGAUGAUCAUCACUUUACCUCUAAGUUUCCUCAACUGCAAAAUGGAAAUCAUAAAAGCACCUACCUCCCAAGGUUGUGAGAAUCAAAUGAGAUUUGUAAAGUGUUUAACACAGUGCCUGGUACAUAGAUGUUUAAUAAAGGCUUUUCCCCAUCCCUUUUCUUACAAUCUGACUUCUCCCCAUCCCCACCCCCUUAGCCAUUGAGUGGAACAGCCCUUAUAAGGAAGGACAUUAUCAUGACUUCAGAUUAUAGACUAGGGUUGUGGCCUACAACUACUGCAGCUACAACCAAGGGUAAGCCUUUGGUUGUGUCGCUCAGUUCCAAACCAAGGUCAAAGGCUCUGCAGAGCUCAAACUAGGAAAGGAGCAAUCAGACUAUGUCCUAGAUGAUGCCACUUAAAGCACACCUAAACAAUUUCCUGACCUGAGUUCCCUCUGAGAUCCUUUAAAAAUGCAGCACUCGAUAUCCAGGGAAAACAGUCUAGAUAAAACAGAUUAGGGGUAAACAUGACCCUACCAUCCUCUCCAGAAGUGUGCCUUAACUCAAAAUCCCAAUUCAGAAAUUAAGGCUGGAAUAAUGAGUAAACAAAAAAGAUAUCUACAAUAAACAGUGAUUGUGAUGUAGGAGGUAAAAAAGGGUUAACUGAAAAACCUAAGACCCAAGCUUUAAUUCAGAUGUUAGCUCUAUAAGGGAUUCAAAUCCCAGUUAAUGGAUAACUUACAGUCAAAA